AUGGCAACCCACAACAUCGUAGUGUUUGCCGGCGAUCAUUGCGGUCCCGAGGUUGUUGCGGAAGCCGUAAAGAUCCUUAAAGUUCUUGAAGCGGAACGGCCAAGUGUUGGCAAGUUUGAUUUUCAAGAGCAUCUUCUCGGCGGGUGUUCAAUUGACGCUACCGGCGAGCCAUUGACUGCCAAAGCCCUCGAGGCAGCAAAGGCAGCUGAUGCUGUUCUCCUUGGUGCAAUUGGUGGCCCGAAAUGGGGCACAGGAAAGGUCCGUCCUGAGCAGGGAAUUCUCGCUCUCCGCAAACAGAUGGGCACCUAUGGCAACCUCCGACCAUGCAACUUUGCCUCCGAGUCCCUCGUCGAUAUUUCACCUCUGAAAGCUGAAGUCUGCCGUGGCACAGACUUCAAUAUCAUCCGCGAGCUUACUGGCGGCAUCUACUUUGGCGAGAGAAAGGAGGACGAUGGCGAUGGAAUCGCAUGGGACACGGAGCCAUACUCUCGGCCUGAAAUUGAGAGGAUUACAAGACUUGCAGCACACUUGGCUCUGCAACACGACCCUCCUCUGCCAGUCUGGAGCUUGGACAAGGCGAAUGUCCUGGCGACGAGUCGAUUGUGGAGAAAGGUGGUUACUGAGAUUAUGGCAAAAGAAUUCCCCCAGCUGAAGAUUGGGCACCAUUUGAUUGAUAGCGCCGCUAUGCUGAUGGUUAAGAAUCCGAGGGCCCUGAAUGGUAUCGUGGUUACCAGCAACUUGUUCGGGGACAUCAUCAGUGAUGAGGCGAGCGUGAUCCCGGGAAGCAUUGGCUUGUCGCCAAGUGCCAGUUUGAGUGGAGUUCCGGAUGGGAAGAGCAGGUGCAAUGGUAUCUAUGAGCCAAUCCAUGGUUCUGCGCCGGACAUCUCUGGCAAAGGAAUCGUCAACCCGGUCGGAACUAUCCUUUCUGUUGCUAUGAUGCUCAAAUAUUCUCUUCGCCUCCCUACCGAAUCGAAAGUUGUCGAAGAGGCUGUACGACGAACCAUUGAGAAUGGAAUCACAACGCAGGAUAUUGGUGGUAAAUCGAGUACCGCGGAAGUCGGAGAUGCGGUUGCAGCCGAAUUGAAGAAAAUCCUCAAGGAACUCAACUAA